AUGGCUAGGAAAAUAAUUCAUGAAGAAUGCCCUGAAGACCCUGGAAAGCGUAGCAUUUUGUGGUCAUUUGAAGACAUUAACAGUGUACUAACAAAUAAUACGGGAACAGCAGCAAAUCAAGGCAUAGUCCUAAAGUUGCCUGAAUCAAAAGAGGCAUAUUGGAAUCCUGAUUCAUUUUCAAAGAUGCAUCAUCUUAAAUUGCUCAGAAUUAGUAAUGUUCAACUUCUCCACGAACCCAAACAUCUUCCUAUUAGCUUAAGAUUUCUUGACUGGAGUGGGUACCCUUCAAAAUCUUUGCCAUUAGAAUUCCAAUCAAAUGAGCUUGUUGAACUUUACAUGUGUGGUAGCUGCAUUGAACAACUUUGGAAAGGAGCAAAGUCAUUUGAGAAGUUGAAAAUCAUCCAAAUGAAUGGGUCUACAAACCUUAAAGAAACCCCUGAUUUGAUCAAAGUCCCAAAUCUUAAGGAAAUGGUUCUCGAAGAUUGUUUAAAUUUACGCAAGAUUCACCCUUUAACUUGGGUUCAUAAUAGACUUACUCGUCUAAAUCUAAAAGGCUGUGUAAAUGUCAAUGUCAAAACUCUUCCAAGCAAGUUCGAAAUGGAGUUUCUUGAGGAUCUUAUUCUUUCUGGUUGCACAAAACUAAAGAAGAUUCCAGAAUUUGGAGAAAACAUGCAACGUGUAUCGAAGCUUUAUUUGGGUGGAACUGCUAUUACUAAACUACCCACAUCAAUUGGGCAUUUGACCAGCCUUGUUUUAUUGGAUGUAAAAGAUUGCAAAAGUCUUACAUGUCUACCAAGCAUCAUUUUUAAUUUGAAGUUGCUUAAAGAUGUGAAUAUUUCGGGAUGCUCAAAACUUCAGAGAUUGCCUGAGAAUGUGGGUAACGCUGAAAGUGUAGAGGAGCUAGAUGUGAGUGGAACUGCUAUAAGAGAGGGACUCUCUCGUCACAGUGAGUAUGACAAUCCAGAGUGUAAUUGGAGAUAUGACAUGGUUAUUCCUAGAAGUGUAAUUCCGAAGUGGUUUAUCCAUCAAAGUAUUGGGGCUGAAAUGAAUAUAAACGAACCUUCUUCUCAUUUGUGUGAUGACUGGAUGGGGGCUGCUGUUUGCGUUCUAUUUUCUUCUCUUCCCAAUUUUAUAAUAUCUUGUUCUUGUCGGUUGAUAGCAAAUGGAAAAGUAAUGUCUACUAAUGAAUUUGGUGUUGAGCAUGAAAUAUUUAGGACAGUAGACAGGGCUGGCGUAUCAGAUAAUAUUUGGCUAAUUUAUUUGCUUCCUCAAUACUACAAGGUGGAGGACAUAAAAUUACUGAAUGAAUGUGAAGCAAAUGAAUUGACUCGGAUUGGCAUUAAAAUUGAAACUAAUUUUCCAGGCAUGGAGGUGAAGAAAUGCGGGUUUCGAAUGGUAUACAAGAAAGACAUAGAAGAACUCAACAGAACAAUGGCUCAAAGUAGCAACACCAGCAUCAUUCCUUGUGAGGACUUGGAUGUUCUCCAUCAUAAUUUUGACAAUUUGGCAAUGGUAGUGGAAGGUAAAAUAGCAAAGCGAAUUCGUGACAAUUACGAAGGUGCUGGACCUAGUGGAGAAGGAAGCUCUUAUGAUGUGCCAGACCCAAAAAGGAUUGAAAGGCUCCAUGGUGACUCUGAUUGUGAGGAAUACUUCGAAUGUGCUGAGGAGAUCAAUGAUUAG